CGGGCAACCCAGCCGGGUGGGAGCAACCCCAGGGUUGCAGCUGCUGCAGAGCCUCUGCCAGGAGGCUGGGGCCUCUGACAACACCUUAGGGAAAGUCUCUUUGCUUCCUCCACAGCCAUGGCCUCGCCAGAGGACACUCCAGAGGGAGAUGCAAAGGCCCAGCUCCUAGCAGAGGCAUUUCAGAAGGAAGGACUGGAUGCUGGAUACUGGCUGCCAAAAAUGUCACAGAUCCUGGGAAUCAAGUGCAGAGAAGCCCUGCAACAUCUGGAAUAUGAAGACUACCUCAAGCUGGAGUGUGAGGUACGGCACCCCUGGGAGAAAAAGGCACUCCAGAAACUCCUGAAAAUAACAGAUGACAAAUCAGCCUCUAAAGAGGUGCAGAAGGAGCACUUGGAGAAGACAAAGCAAAGACAAGAAGUGGCCAAACAAGCCCUGAAAGAUCUGACAGAAAUGAUCAACAGCAGCAGCCACAGCCAGGAUGCACUGAGGAACAAAGCAGAGACUCUGUGGCAAGCCAUGGAGAUUCCCAAAGAGUUCUGGCCAUCUCCAAAGAAACCCUUGGCAGAAAUGCUGGAGAGCAUCCAUAAGCAGCUGGAGCAGCAGCAGGAGCUGUCAGCAGGCAGGAGGGAGAACAUCCCUGACACUGAGGUGCUGAGGCGGGCGUCGGGGGGACUGGCCCUGCAGGGCAUCUACAGAACCAGCAGAGCUGGAGAUGUGCUGGCAACACGAGAGCAGCUCCUCAGGGUUCCUGAGGGAUUCCAGCUUGCCGGUCCAGAACAAGGAUCGCAGCAUGAGAGACGGGAGUUCUCCUCCUCGGAAGCAGAAAACAAUUUCACCAAGUGCAUGGAGCAGCUGGGGUUCAGCAUCAGCUUUUCAACUAAAUUUGCAUUCUGGAGGAUUAAUCUGGGAGUGGAUGUAAAUUACAACAGCUCCUCACGGUCCCAGGAAACCCACGAGUCCCACUCUGAGCAGAGCUACUUUUGCACCACCAAGUUCCAGUACAUCCCCCUGGCCUCCUGCUACUUCCAAAGGCAUCAGCUUCGCCUCUCGGAUGCGGCUCUGCGGGAGCUGCAAGACAUGGAAAAGAUUUUAGGGGUCACUGGGAAAGAAGACAACCCUACCUUUGUGAACAUGUGUGAGAGCUUCUUCAGCAGGUUUGGGUCCCACAUAAGCCAGGGUCCCCUCCAUUUUGGGGGGAUAUUCUGGUGGAAGGCGUCCACAGAAGGAUUCCGAGCCCAGCAUAGGGAAGAGAUGAAGCGACAAACAUCUGAAGCGCUGAACUGCUUGGUCAGGAAGAGCUAUGGGGACUUUUUGGAAAGUGCUGCAGGGGCUGCGGAUAUUUCUACACCCAUCUCACAAGCUUCUGUCCUGGGAAGAGCCAGUGCUAGUUCCCAUACAGCCAUUCAGCUCUACAUGGUCAACACAGGGGGCCCAGCAGACACAACUUCUCUUCCUCAGUGGAAAACGGGACUUGUGUCUGAUAACACAACGUGGUGCGUUAUCGACCGCGGCGCUGAGCUGAUCCCAGUGUGGGAUGUCAUCCUGUGCAAUCAUUGUGGAGAUUUUAAGUCUGUUGGUCAGAUGAGCAGAGCCCUCAGGGAUGCGUACAAAGCGCUGACGAAUGAGAGUGUUUGCACCAUUUUUGGAGAGGAUCUGGGCAGUGCAGUGCAGGAGGCCAGAGAUUUCAUGGAGACUGUGAAGGCCUGGGAGGUGACAGUAGAUGAACAGAAGCUGCUUAUGCUGAUGGAGUUCAAACAUGAUCUUUAUGCAAAAAUCAGGAACCACACUGUGUGGAACAAAGAGUGCCUGUCAGACAAAGCCCUGCAGGACUUCCUGGUGAACACCGUGCGGAGGUGCCAGGAGUCACCUCCAGAAAACAUCACCUUUAUAAAGGUAAUUUUGAGAAGCCUCCUGGAUCCUCAUAUCUACUCUGUCGAGGACUUUCCUGAGGCUUCCUCCGUUAUGCAAUGGAUCUUCCAGACUGAGCACCCAUUUCCCAGAUCACCCAAAAUCUCUGAGCUUGAAGAACUCAUCAAAACACUGCAGCAAAUGAAGGAGCACAUCUAUGCUGUCACGUAUGCACCAGGAAGCUCUGCUUCUGAAGUUCACGAAGCAAAGACAGAAGCCACCCUGACCAGCCGCCUCGCCAUUUAUUCCUUACUCCAGUCUCUCCAGGAACGAGCUGAGAAGGACAUGGAACUCUUGGUGCUCUUGACUGUGACCAGCACAGGGUACCAAGUGGAAAGCUGCACUUUUCAGCACCUCCUUGGCCACCCAGAAAUUCAGUACAUGGCCCAGGAAAUGCAAGAAGCAUAUGAGAAGUUCUUGAAACUGAAGGAGCAAGAUGCCGACAGAGCUGAGGCCUCCCUUCUGCUGACAGGUCUGACUGUGACACCAGAAAGUCAAAAGUUGUCCCCUGAGCAGAAGAGGGAGCGUUUAGUUUUCAUGCAAGAUCACAUGAAAGGAUUGUGGUCCCCACGGAUAAAGAAUCUCCUCCAAAAGCACAGUGCAGACACAGACUGGGCGAGGCUGGAACAGGACUUGCAUUCCUUGAUCAGUGGCUGCUUGGAUGACAAAUGGGAUGAACAGAGGAUGCAAAACAUAAUCAGAGACCUGGAAGACACUUUUGCAACACCUGAGGCUCCCAGUGAGUCCCAAUCCAAGCCAGACAGCAGCCAAUCCAAAGCAAAUGAAGAUAUUGCAAACCCUGAGUUCCUCCAGUUGCUCAAGUGCCUUGGACUCGAAAGACACUACCCAAGAAAAAUGGGGAUGGGAGACUUCCACACCAUCUGCAAGACAUCUCUGCAGGACAGCCAACCCAGCAAGGAUGAGGAAUUGCCAUUACACUUCUUGCAAAAGCUGUUAACUGUGGAUUACCAGGUGAGGGACCUGACUUGCAGAGGUGACAGCAACACAAAAUCUGCACCCAUAGAACAAACCACAGCAAAAGAUCGCCUGCACUCAGAGUCCUUUGAACAGUUUUUUUAUGAUUUGAAGGAAGCAGCCCCUGAACAAGCAAGCAGGGAGGGCCAUGUGCACCCCAUGGACCUGCAGAUGGCCAUUUUCCAUUGUGCUGAUGACUUCCUGAGACAGACCCUUGCAACCAAGCUGGCCUUCUGCCAACUGGCACUGCCUCUGCUGCUGCCCAACCCCUGCACUUCACACAUCGAGUUCCCACUCUACGCUCUCAGCCAAAUCCAAAGGAGCUGGAAAGAGACACAGAAGUCAAGAAAUCAGGCCCAAACAAAGAGUUACAACAACAAACUCAUCUUCCAGGCACAGACUCCAAUCGUGUCCUUCAUCCGCAUUGGCAGCUCGGCCUCCUCUUCCAAGUCUCAGCUCCUGAACGCUCUGCUGAGCAAACGCAAACACGACACUUUCUUCCACCGCAACUGCAGAGGCAGCACCAGAGAGCGUUUGCUGAUGAAAGGGGUGGUGGAGAUCGCCUGGUACUGCCCCCGUGGAAGCCCUGAUGACACCUUUGAGAGCUGCGUGGCUUUCUGUAACCUGCAUGGAGAUGCCAGGGAUCACGGAGCACAGCUGCAGUUCCUGCAGGACAUAUCUGCUGUCAAUGUGGCUCUUGUGUCUGAGUUGGAGCACAUGGACAACAGGGGGAAAAAACUUCUUCAGGGACUUUGGCAGUCACAAAGGCCUUUGAUUUGUCUUCUCACAGAAAAAGAGAACAUAUCACCUGGACAAUCCAGCCAAAAUAUAAAAAUAGGGAUGAAGAACAGAAAUGAAGCAGAACUGAUGGACCAGCUGACCCAGGCAAUUGGGAAUCUCCUGGAAUGGUCUAAUCCAGGUUUCAGCCUGGAUGCCUGCACGGACAAAGCUCGCCAGCACGGAUUCAUGGUGGAUGCAGAUCAACCUGCGUGUGUGACAGCCAAAGGAAAGGCAAAGGAGCUGGUGGACCUUCUGAAGAAAGAGAAGCUGUCUGAGAUCAAAUCCCAGCUGCUGCCUCUUCAAGGAAAACUGUGGUACCAGUGGUGCAAAAAGGACAAAGAACUCACUCGCCUGGAGGAGAAGGGGAACAAGAGCAUUGAGCAUCAUCGCAGCCAAAUUGAAUAUGAUAAGAAAGAAAUGAGACAAAAGCAACUUGAGCAAGCUUUCCCUCUCAACCCGCUGAUGAAAUCAUUCCUUGGCUUUCUCCAAGCCCACCCAGCAGAUACCAAGAAAUACUUCUUGCAGUGGCUGAAGGUCUUUAUGGAUGAGCUGUCCUGUGGUCGCCUUGAAGAACUGAGGAGAGACUAUCACAGGUUAUGGACUGAAAUCCUGUCAAGACAGGAAAAAUACGAAAAACACAGUGAGAACAGUAUUAUGCUGAGUCAAUUGGAAGCGCUCUCUGAUGAAAUCAACAAUUCAUCCAUCGGCCUGGAGCACCUUCUGAGAGAAGUAGGGCAGAUUUAUGAAGCUCUGGAAUUAAUGAAGUCCAAGAAAGACAAUUUUGCCAAACUGCCAGAAAUUGCAGCAGAGCUGAUGGUUUUGGGGUAUCCUGUGGAGCUGAUGGAUGGGGACACUUCUUACCUGCCCUUACGCUGGGUGGGAGCAAUCUUUGACAGCUUAAUUGAGAGGCUGGGGGACAAACGAGUGUUUGUGCUCUCCGUGCUCGGCAUCCAGAGCACAGGCAAGUCCACCCUGCUGAAUGCCAUGUUUGGUCUGCAGUUCAACGUCAGCGCGGGGAGAUGCACCCGCGGAGCCUUCAUGCAGCUCAUCCCACUGGGCGAGGAGCUGCAGCAAGAUUUGGGCUGUGAUUUUGUACUGGUGAUUGACACAGAGGGACUUCGUGCCAUCAAGAUGGCCAAUAAACAAUUCUUGAACCAUGACAACAAGCUGGCCACCUUUGUCAUUGGUGUUGGCAACUUGACUGUGAUCAAUAUCUUUGGAGAAAAUCCAUCAGAAAUGCAAGAUGUUCUCCAGAUUGCUGUGCAGGCUUUCCUGAGGAUGAAGAAAGUCAAUCUUUCCCCAAGCUGCCUCUUUGUCCACCAAAAUGUGGGAGAAGCAACUGCCAAGGAGCAGAACAUGGAAGGACAAAGGUGUUUGCAGAAAAAGCUGGAUGAAAUGACUGUGUUAGCUGCUGAGCAGGAAUCCUGUGACAUUUCCUUCUUCAGCGAUGUCAUUGGCUUUGAUGUGAACACCCACAUUCACUACUUUGCUCACUUGUGGGAAGGAAACCCCCCAAUGGCUCCACCCAACCCCACCUACAGCCAGAACGUUCAGCAGCUCAAGAGAAAAAUCCUCCAGGCUGCCAAGCAGCAGCCGUGGCGCAGCAUUUUGAAGCUCUCGAGCCUGAAAGAUCGUAUUGGUGACCUGUGGAAUGCUUUGCUGAAUGAAAACUUUGUUUUCAGCUUCAGGAAUUCCCUGGAGAUUGCUGCGUACAGGAAACUGGAAAGUGCCUUUAGUGAGUGGACCUGGUGGCUGAGGAGUCACUUGUUGGAUGUCCAGAUGAGACUGAACAACAGAAUUCAGAAUGGGGACUUGCAGAAUGUCACCAGAGAACACCUUGAAGGGCUGGUGCAAGAGAAAAGUGAUGCCAUUGAGAAAGAAGUGGAAAAGUAUUUCAGGGAAGAUGAAGACCAUGAGACCCUGGUCCAGUGGAAAGACAGCACAAAGCUGAAGCUGAAAGAAGUGAAAGAGACUCUUCUUCUUGAAACAAAAAAGAAAUGUGAGAAUCUGAUUGAGCUACAGACGGAACAAAGGAAACUGGAUGCAAGGAAGUUGGAUUAUGAAGCCACGCUCCUCAAAAGGAGUAGGGAGUUGGCUCUGAAUCUAAUAGGGAUGAGACACAAGUCUGUUUCACUGGAAGACACCUUUGAUUCUGUUUGGAGCCAGUGGAUUAUUGAAGUCUCCCAUUCGGCUCAUCCUCCAGAAGGGGUGAAUAUGGAUGUGGAAAUUCAACAUGUCUUUCUAGAGCAUUUUAAGGAGCUGGAUAUCUGUGAGCAGAUCACUUCAUUUACCAAUGACAAAAAAUUUUCUUUUGUUUCAGAGAAACACAUCAUGAAGAAAAAGUAUUUACACAUUAUCCCAGAUCCCAGGACCAUUUCCAGUGCUCAUGUGAACAACUUGCAACGCAUCACAGACAAUAUCAUAAAGAGUGUGAAGGCAAAUAUCGAUAAGAAGGAACAGGAGAAGCGGGAUUACAGUCGAAAUUUUUUCCAUGAAAUACUGAGUGAAGUACGAAAAGGUGUGAACACUGUCCCCAGAAAUGCAAAAUGUAAUUUUAACCGAAAGUACAUCAUAGAUUUGUCUCUGUAUCUGUGCAAAAUGGCAGCAGAAAGGUUUAAAGCCAUGCACGAAGCAUUCCAAAAGGCAAAUGACCCAGUUGUGUACCUGAGCAGCAAAAGAAAAGAUUUCUUCCAAUGUUUCCAGAUUUCCUACCAAGGAGCCACUUCAAUCACAACUUUUGCUGCUUUUCUUUGUGACAAGAUUGGACCAGCUCUUAGCAAGGCGGUCUAUGAGAGGACAGCUAAGAACAUUGCUGAUGAAAUGAAGAGCAAAUUCCCUGACUUCAGAGGCAACAGAGCCAAUCUGGAAGUCUGCAUCCUGAGAUACCUGGCAGAACAAGAAAAUUUUGAGUAUUUAAAAUGUUACCUUAAGCACCCAGAGGAAUGUUUCCAAAAAUACAUUGGGAUACAAGUUCAGACUUACUGUUUAAAUGGGAGCAAGAUGCUGGAGAAAUUUUUAAAGUCCUCACUUGAUUAUCUCUUCCGCAAAAUCCUGUCAGCUGUGUCUUUAUCAACCAAAAUUGUCAAAGACAGAAAAGACAGAGAAGACAAAAUCUCUCUCUGGCUGGAUGAAUUUUGCCGGGAACUGACAGAAUUUAUCAACUUGCCCAGAAGUGACCUGAAGGGUAUCGAGCACCAGGAGGUCACAGACAUGGAGUUCCUGAGCAGUGUCAUGGCAAAAGCUCUGGCUGCCAUGAAAGAGAGUAUCGAGGCGGAAUUUGCUGAUGCUGAUUUGAGCUCAUUUUCAAGGCAGCCCCACACCAUCCUGGCAGAGCAUUUUUCAGGGUGCUGGGAGCAGUGUCCCUUUUGUGGGGCUGUCUGCACAAACACCAUGCGGGAUCACGAUGGAGACCAUCAGCUGGUCUUCCAUCGCCCACGAGCUUUGACAGGAACCACGUGGCGUGACACAGACCACCUGGUCAUUGAUAUUUGUUCCAGCCUUGUUGCAACUAAUCUCAAAUUCAAGUUUGAUGACAGCAAAUGGAUCCACUACAAGACAUACCGCAAUGCAGGACCUCCUGUUUCCACUUGGAAUAUUCUUCCAGAUUCAUCUAUGCAGGCGUACUGGAAAUGGAUUGUGUCUCAUUUCAGGACAGAGCUGGAAGAUUUUUACAAUGGGAAAUUUCAGGGCAAAGGAGAAAUCCCUGAGGCGUGGCAGAGAAUUACCAAGCAGGAAGCACUGUCUGAGCUGGAGCGACAUUAGGUCAUAUCCAUGGGAAGGAAGAACUACAGUGGCUUUGCAGUUUAGGAGAAUUUUGUACCAUGCUCUCCACAAAAUGCAGUUACAAUGACAAUUCUCUCAAGAUCAAUGAAGACCAUGGUAUCCAAUUGUUCACAAAUUUGGUGAAAUAAGGCGCAUUACUACAGUCAUUUCUAGGCAACUCCCUUGCUUCAUGAGAAAGCCGGAAUCCUCUUGCCCUUUUGUCAUAAACAUUUCCCUCUGCAUUUUCCUAGAGCCAAACCAAACCCCCUCCUUAGGGCGAUCAGCCUCGUGGCCAAGCUGAGUCCAAGGACCAGUACAAGGGCAAAAGCAGCACUCAAAAAACCCCUUGGCUCAGCUGCUGUGUUACAAGGAGGGACAAUGCCCCAGCAGGAGUUUUCCUGCAGUAAGGAGCUAUCCUGCCCAGAGAAAGGGCUGUGGGACCUGAGGCCAGCUCCAUGCUGGCUGCAAGCUGGGCUGCUUGGCUUAUGGGCGUCACCCUUCCCUCCCUCACUGCACAGUCCUGGAUCAACUGAGGCUGUUCUCCCAGCAGGAGCUGUUGUGUCUCAGGGCUCAGGAAAGCAGUGACACGACUGCCCCAGGGCUCAGGCAGUGCUUUCACUCCCUGUCUCCAAGGUGCUGUGUCUGUGCCCAGGGCAGCCACUCCUGCUCAGGUGCCUGGGGCUGCUGCCCUUCCCUCCAGCCCUCAGCCCCUGCAGGAGCUGCUCCUGCCCUUGGCUUCACUGCUGUGCAAAAGCCUUUGGAAUGCCCCAUGUGCAGAAUCCUGUGUGCCAGCACCUUCCUCAGCAGCCCUCGGGGCAGUGCUGGUGCUGUCCAGGCAGGCUGGUGGCACCAGAGCCGUGCUCUGGAGAAGGUGGCACCAGCUGGCUCUGCCCCAGGGAGGUGUGAGGGGUUUUUGCUGUGCAGGUGCUGCAACCCCGCUGGCAAUGACAGGGCCAACCCUCCUGGAGAGCUGGCUGAAGGGCUGCUUCAGCUUCAUCCCCUGCAUGGUCUGCUAAUAAAGGAGUUGAUUUGGA